AUGAAGGCCAUGCUGCUGGACCCCACAGAAAUCGGAGCCUUUUACAACGGGGACUCGUAUCUGGUGCUGCAAAACCGCGGUGUGGACGGGGCCGACCUCCACAUGUGGAUUGGGGAGAAGUCGUCACGGGACGAGCAGGUGGCCUGUGCCAUGUUGGCCACUCAGCUGGACAACUACCUGGGGGGAGACCCAGUGCAGCACAGGCAGGUCCAGGGCUACGAGUCCCCAGAGUUCAUGACCCUGUUCCCCAGAGGAAUCAGCUACAAGGAGGGUGGAGUGGAGUCGGGCUUCAGGCGGGCGCAGGGUUCUGGCCCGGUGCAGCGUUUGUACCAGAUCAAAGGGAAGCGUAACAUCCGAGCCCGAGAGGUGGAACUGUCCUGGUCCAGCUUCAACAAGGGCGACUGCUUCAUCCUCGACCUCGGAGUGACUAUUGUCUCCUGGAUCGGCUCCCAGGCCAACAUCUUUGAGAAGCAGAAAGUGCGUGAAAUUGCAUCGCUGAUCCGGGACACGGAUCGGCACGGAAAAGCCAAAAUUGUGGACAGCUGUGAAGGGGAGGAGCCAGAAGAGAUGCUCAAGGUUUUGGGGAAGAUGCCGCCACUGGCCGAGAGCACACCGGAGGAGGACACCAAAGCAGACGCCUCCAACUCGGCCUCUCUUUACAAGGUGUCAGAUGCAACAGGAUCAAUGACCACGUCCAAAGUGUCGGAGAAGAGUCCGUUUGCCAAAGAGCUGCUGGUGCGUGACGACUGCUUCAUCCUGGACAAUGGCGCCAAUGGAAAAAUCUUUGUUUGGAAAGGUCACGGUGCGAACACUGAGGAGAAGAGAGUGGCUUUACAAAUCGCGGAUAAUUUCAUCGAGCAAAUGAAUUAUCCCAGGAUGAAAACGCAGGUGGAGAUACUUCCUCAAGUUCUGAGGAGACGCAGAGCUGCACCUUCUGCUUCAGACAUGGGACCAGGCGCCGUGGAGCUCAAGAGCAUUCUGAAGUCUGACAAAAGGGUCCGGGCGGUGCUGAAGGGGGACAGUACCACACACAGCUCCAUCUGUGCGGUCCGCUGGGCUCUUCCCGAGGAGAACGCUCCGGCCCACAGCUCUGCACCCAGCAGGACCCCCAGACACGAGUCAUUAUCCAAGUCCUCACAGUACGCGCGUCAGCAGAGCCUGCGGGACCUGCGCAGUCUGCAGGAGUGCGUCCAGUUCAUCGAGCACUGGAAGCAGCAGGUGGAGCGAGUCUGCAAGGGUUCAGCUGAGCCUGAAGAAGAGGAGCAGACUCAGAAUCAGACUGAGAGGAGCCUGGACGAGAGCAGGAAGCUGAUUAUACAAUGGGCCGACGACCUCCGCCACGUUGAUGAGGUGCUGAAGGAAAGCAAAAAGCUGCAUGAAGAUCCAGCAAAGCAAGAUAAAGACAAUAAUGCACAAGAGGAGUCGCAGAUGAGAAUCAUGGCCUGGGCCAAGGAGCUCCAAGAGGCAAUGGAGAACUGUGGCGUGCCGAGUGAGAAGCUGGGCCGUGUCCUUCGUCUGUUGGGCCUCAAAAAGAACCGUCUGGGAAACCUGCUCCCGCUGCUGGAGUUUAUUACAUGGUCGCUGCUCAGAGAAGACAGUGUGAACAUGGUCCCUCAGCUGUGGCUACAGGCAAAACAAAAGACUUGGGAGGCUGGGACACCGAGAUAUAUUCCCAAUUCAGUAUGGACCUGGAUUUGCAGUGCAGCGGCUGAUGUGGUGUUGGACCCUCUUACCCACAAUCCCUGGCUACAGCUGUCAGACGACCAGCGCACGGUCCAGGAGGCUCAGUCCGAGUCCGACCUGCCCUAUAACUCACUGCGCUUCGACACGCUCCCGUGCGUCCUGGCCUGGGAGGGCUACAGCUACGGCCGGCGCUACUGGGAGGUGGAUGUCGGCAGAAGAAGCUCGUGGCGAGUGGGACUGACCACCGCCAUAUCCAAACGCGAGGGCCGCUUCCCCAUGAGCCCCAAGGGAGGAUACUGGGUGCUUUGGCGCAGUUCUAACCACUUGUUUGCCUGCUCCAAACCGGAGACAGAGCUGCCACAGAGCUUGGUCCCACGGCGUGUUGGGAUUUACCUUGACUACAAAGAAGGACAGAUUUCCUUCUUCAACGCGGAGACAAAAUUGCACAUUUACACUUUCAACAACGGCAACUUUGAGGGGAAACUCUACCCGCUGUUUGCACCGAUGGAUGGGAGCACGGUCAUGAGGAUCGUGCCUCAGAGCCUUAGUAAGAUGGGCACUUUCACUGGAUCAUGA